UAUUUUGUAAAAACUUUUAACUCAACUCCAAUUUGGUAAAUACAUUUUUCUUUUUGGUUAAAAACUCCAUUAUACGAUAGCAUUUUUAGCAUGGUAACGUAGCCGACCCUCAAGACUCUGAUCUGAAGUAUAAGUGAGAACUCUUGCCAGCCUUCGAAGGAGUCGUAACAACUAAUAACUGAAGACUGAACUCAGAACCAGCAAUAGACGGAAGUGGGCGGAGUGUGCAUUGGAUUGAGUACUAGAAGGGGAAAAAGAUCAUUAAGCCAUGAAAAGAGGAAGAAAGAACUUGAAAAGAGCUGUAAAUGAUAAAUUUGCAACUCUUCAACUGGGAGAGAGCAUUAUGCAAGUAGUUGACCUACGUGGCUCCAAUCAGAUUGAGGUAAUGGAUGCGAAGGGUGAAAAGUCAAUAGCAAUCUUCCCAGCUAAAUUUCAAAAGAGCAUGUGGAUUAAAAGAGGGAACUUUGUUGUGGUUGACGAGAGUGGGAGAGAGGAGGCAAUGGGGUCUGGUAGAAAAGUGGGGUGCACUGUUACACAAGUCCUCUUCUAUGACCAAGUUCGUGAGUGUCAAAAGUCCCCAGACUGGCCAGAUAUCUUCAGAUCUGCAGCAAUAGAACCUCCAAUGCAAAGUUUGGAAAAGCACACACCUCAGACAUGUGAUGUUGAAAACUCUAGUAGUGAUGAUGAUGGACUUCCUCCAUUAGAAGCCAACACCAAUAGAUUAAAACCUUUCCAAGGUACAGUAGGACUGGUGCAGGAGAAAGCACACUCUUAAGCUUAUUUUAAGCUCAAAGCAAUCAAAGUGUUCUUUUUCUAUAUCAAGGGAGAAGGUGAAGAAACAAAAGGACAACAAUUCUGCUCUGCAGAUGUUUUUCUAAACUUUGAUCAACCAGUGUUAUAUAGUUAAAUACUUAAAUACAGUGAGAUGCUCUUAAUUGCAUGUGAAGUAGGCAUGAAGAAUCGUGUGUGUAUACAUGGCUUUCGUAUACAUGGCUUCCUUAUGUACAAGAAGUUUUUUUUGGAAAACCUUAUAUACAAGAAGUUCACAAGCUAUUAACUUCUAAACAAAUAUAAGACAUCCCCAUUAUUGCUAGGUUAGGAAGGUUAGGAAGACUGUUCAUCUGGAUAGAUGCAAC